AUGGCCCCCAUGGGCAUCCGCCUGUCCCCGCUGGGGGUGGCCGUGUUCUGCCUGCUGGGGCUCGGCGUGCUCUACCACCUCUACUCGGGCUUCCUGGCCGGCCGCUUCAGCCUUUUCGGCCUGGGCGGCGAGCCGGGCGGCGGGGCGGCGGGUCCCGCGGCCUCGGCCGACGGGGGCACGGUGGACCUGCGCGAGUCGGACGACAAGAUGACCAGCGGGGACGUGCUGUCCAACCGCAAGAUGUUCUACCUGCUCAAGACCGCCUUCCCCAGCGUGCAGGUGGGCGCCGCGGCCGACGGGGGCACGGUGGACCUGCGCGAGAUGCUGGCCGUGUCGGUCCUGGCGGCCGUGCGCGGCGGCGAGGAGGUGCGGCGCGUACGCGAGAGCAACGUCCUCCACGAGAAGUCCAAGGGGAAGACGCGCGAGGGGGCGGACGACAAGAUGACCAGCGGGGACGUGCUGUCCAACCGCAAGAUGUUCUACCUGCUCAAGACCGCCUUCCCCAGCGUGCAGAUCAAUACGGAGGAACAUGUGGAUGCAGCUGAUCAGGAGGUGAUCUUGUGGGAUCGGAAGAUUCCUGAGGACAUCCUAAAGGAAAUAGCCACUCCCCAGGAGGUGCCGGCAGAGAGCGUCACCGUCUGGAUUGACCCACUGGAUGCCACGCAGGAAUACACGGAGGAUCUUCGGAAGUAUGUUACUACUAUGGUGUGUGUGGCUGUAAAUGGUAAACCUGUGCUAGGAGUAAUACAUAAGCCAUUUUCUGAAUAUACAGCCUGGGCGAUGGUAGACGGUGGGUCAAAUGUGAAAGCCCGCACUUCUUACAAUGAGAAGACCCCAAGGAUUGUCGUGUCUCGCUCGCAUUCAGGAAUGGUCAAACAGGUGGCUCUUCAGACUUUUGGAAACCAGACUACGAUCAUCCCAGCGGGUGGAGCUGGUUAUAAAGUUUUAGCACUCUUGGAUGUGCCUGAUAAGAGUCAAGAAAAAGCUGAUCUAUAUAUCCAUGUGACAUACAUCAAAAAGUGGGAUAUCUGUGCUGGCAACGCCAUCUUGAAAGCCCUCGGGGGGCACAUGACCACCCUGAGUGGUGAAGAAAUUAGCUACACUGGUUCCGACGGUAUUGAAGGGGGGCUUCUGGCCAGCAUCAGGAUGAACCACCAGGCUCUGGUCAGAAAGCUCCCAGAUCUGGAAAAGACGGGACAUAAGUAAGCCAAGCUGACGACAGGUCACAGCCCACCUGGAGCUGAACGGUUGGCCUGACGUGCUGAGGCUUCAAAGCAGCGGUGGAGACUAUGCAUGGUUUAGGCCAUCCCGAACUUUUUAAAGUAUUUAUGAAGCAUCUGAGACUUCUUUUCCCUGUAAUAGGAUGCAGGAUCAGGGAGAAUGGGUUGCUUCGUGUCUCAAGUAUUGUCUUUAUUUUUGAGACUAUUUUCGUACGGUUGUCAUACACAAGGCGCGUAUAUAUAUAUAUUUGUGAAUUAAAAUCUAUAGCUGAGUCUACAUUGUUAUGAGUCACCGUUUUCACACAAUAUCAUGAAUCUUCAGUUUGUUAAUACUUUCAUAUAGAAUUGGGCUGAAGAAAGGAUUGUUUUGUGUAGGUGUUUAAUACUACUAUAUAGUUAUAUCUCAUUGAAAAUAAAAUAAUUGGGGGUUUUUACCCCUAAUUCAGAUAGAAAGCACAAGAAGCUGCAAAUUCAUUAAUAUGCAACAAAUUCUCUGUUACCGAAUAUUUCUUAUGGAUUAAAAUAGAAAAAGCUUAAA